AUGUCUAAGCAGCAGCCAGCCCAGUUUAUAAAUGCAGAAACUCCCGGCUAUGUUGGAUUUGCAAAUCUUCCAAACCAAGUUCACCGAAAAUCAGUGAAAAAGGGAUUUGAGUUCACACUGAUGGUUGUUGGAGAGUCAGGACUAGGAAAGUCGACACUAAUCAAUAGCCUGUUCCUGACUGACCUCUACCCAGAGAGGGUCAUCCCUGGGGCUGCAGCUGUAUUCUUCACGGGUUCUGCUGCUUUCACAGAAAAGAUUGAGAGGACUGUCCAAAUUGAGGCCUCCACUGUGGAGAUUGAAGAACGGGGUGUCAAGCUGCGACUGACGGUGGUGGACACACCUGGUUACGGGGACGCCAUCAACUGCCGAGACUGCUUUAAGACCAUCAUCUCCUACAUCGAUGAGCAGUUUGAGCGCUACCUGCAUGACGAGAGUGGCCUGAACCGGCGGCACAUCAUCGACAACAGGGUUCACUGCUGCUUCUACUUCAUCUCUCCCUUUGGACACGGACUGAAGCCCCUGGACGUUGCCUUCAUGAAGGCAAUCCACAACAAGGUGAACAUUGUUCCUGUCAUUGCAAAGGCCGACACUCUAACGCUGAAGGAGCGAGAACGCUUGAAGAAGAGAAUUCUGGAUGAAAUUGAAGAACAUAGCAUCAAAAUUUAUCACUUACCUGAUGCAGAGUCAGAUGAAGAUGAAGAUUUUAAAGAACAGACUAGACUUCUCAAGGCCAGCAUCCCAUUUUCAGUGGUUGGAUCCAACCAGUUGAUUGAAGCCAAAGGCAAGAAGGUUCGAGGCCGACUCUACCCUUGGGGAGUGGUGGAAGUAGAGAACCCAGAGCACAACGACUUCCUGAAGUUGAGGACCAUGCUCAUAACUCAUAUGCAGGAUCUCCAGGAGGUGACCCAGGAUCUCCACUAUGAGAAUUUCCGCUCUGAAAGACUCAAGAGAGGCGGCAGAAAAGUGGAGAAUGAGGACAUGAAUAAAGACCAGAUCUUGCUGGAAAAGGAAGCUGAACUUCGUCGCAUGCAAGAGAUGAUUGCUCGGAUGCAGGCACAGAUGCAGAUGCAGAUGCAGUCUGGGGAUGGUGACAGCAAUGCACAUGGGCAUCACGUGUGA